AUGGAUAGUCGACUUUCCGUUGAUUGCCUCGACGAAAUUUUUGAGUAUCUAGAGAAUGAAAAGGCUACUUUAUACUCAUGCUUACUUGUUAACCGUCUCUGGCAUAAAAGUUCUGUUAGAAUCUUGUGGAGGAAUAUUUGGAGUGUUCCUAUAUCAUACCCGAACAGACGCCGAUGGGUGUCAUCAUCAAAAAUUCUUCGCACUUUAAUCGAUUGCCUUCCUCAUGAAUCAAAAGUACUAUUAAGUGAGAAAGGAAUUUAUUCAACAUCGAAACUUCCAUUGGUGAAUUACGUAUCAUUUUGUAAAGUUCUUUCAAUUCAUGAAGUCGAUCAAAUAAUUCAGCGUAAUCUUUGCCCCACAAAAAGGGAGUUGGUAUUACAAGAAAUAUUAAAAAUGUUCAUGAAACAAAUUACUUCCCUGAAAGAAUUAGAUUAUAAAAUCACUUCCUCCGAAAUCCCCGUUGGUUUCACAUCUUUCCCUGGAGCAAUCGAUCGUUUGUCAGAUCUUUCAAGAUUAAUCUGUAGUUCAAACUUUUGUUCCGAAUUUUUUCGUAAACUAUCUGGAAUUUGUCAUAAUAUAAAAUCACUUACCGUAGAGAUCGGUACGACCAUUUCGGACGGAUUAAAUGAUUUAAUUACUCAAAGCAAUUUAAAUCAAUUAACUUUGAUAACCUCUUUUUCUAGUAGUAGUCUGUCAUAUAUUAUACCUUCAUUAACGAAACUUUCAAACACAUUAAUCAAGUUGGAAAUCAUUGGAAUCUCUUUUUAUGAUUUUGACCACCUACAACAUUUUAACUUUUCACAAUUACGAAUCCUAACGUUUGAACGUGAAUUCCUAUACCUAAAUACCUUUUUAGAAAACAAUGGAAAGAAUUUAAUCGACCUUUCUAUCGGUUAUUCUGAUAGUCCGUUGGCUAUUGCUAAAUUUUGUCCGAACCUGAAAUCACUAGUUAUUGCAAUGAUGAACGCUGAAUCGUUGAAAGCCAUUUUGAAUAGCUGUCAACAAAUUGAAAGCAUUGAAAUCUGGUGUAAUGAUUUUUUAGGUGAAAAGGAAUGUGUUGGGAUUUUAAGAAAACUUUUACCAAAGAAUUUUCGUAAAUUAAAGUUGGCGAAAAGUGUUCUAUACCACAAUCAAUUUUUGAGGUGGAAGUAA